AUGAAGAAAUGGAAAUCAGUGUCUCUCUUCGUAUGUGUGUUCGCAUUCGCCAGAGAAUUUCGACCCAUCGAACCAUUUUACGCGGCUUACAUGACGAGUCCAGCAAUAAACAUUACUCUGACCCAGACUUCUAGGGAUGUUUACUCGGUCGGAGCGUAUUCUGGUUUUGUUCUUAUCGUCAUUGUGUUCCUGAUCACUGAUUAUCUAAGAUAUAAGCCCGUGUUGGUUCUCGACGGCUUGUGCGGUAUACUGACCUACUGCAGUAUCCUCGGACAUCCGAGCUUACUGAGAAUGCAGAUAGGUCAAUUGUUCUACGGUUUCUUUUUCUCGUCGGAAGUAGCUUAUUUCGGCUAUUUGUACGCCAUGACUGAGGAUAAACGCUACUACCAAAGAAUCACAGGUCAAGCCAGAGCAGCGUGUUUGUCGGGCAAAUUCUUCUCGUCUUUAUUCGCUCAAACAGUUAGCCUCAUCAGCGGUUCGGUUCCAUACGCCGAAUUGGUUUACUUGAGCGUCUUCGGUAUGUUUUUCUGUACUGUUUGGGCAUUUGUGAUGCCAAGUGUAAGUAAAAGUGUCUAUUUUCACAAUCCAAACCCUGAAGGGAUCGAUCAAGACAUAACGACCGUAAGAAAUUACUCAUCUACUUCACAUGAAUCGAAAUCACCAAAACCUAUUGAAUCUCCAAGAGUGCAGAAACCCGAAGAAAUUCGUAGGACAACCAGUGUGAAAUUUAGUAUUGCUUUUUCGUACCUUUGGCAAGACUUCAAACGAUCAUAUUCCGACUCAUAUGUCAGAAAACUUAGCUUAUGGUGGGCUUUCGCUUUCGGAGCAUACGUACAGGUUUACUCGUACAUCAACGUGUUGUACACAUAUAUAUUGAAUUUAAAUGGUGACUCGACAUUUACUCUGUACAACGGUGCCGCAGAAUCGCUAAACACUUUGAUCGGGGCAAUAGCUGCGUAUUUAAUUGGCAAACUUGAACUAAAUUGGUUGAAAGUCGGGGACGUAUUUUUGGGCUUGGGCUCAAUACUUGCCGGUAUUGUGCUACUAGGUUGUUAUUACGUUAGAACGAUGUGGUUCAUUUACGCUUUCUACAUAAUCUACGGAUGUCUUUAUCAAACGAUGUUGACUGUGGCUGAAUCCGAAGUAGCAAAACGUCUUAGCCGAGACAGUUACGGCCUCGUAUUUGGAUUCAACUCGUUCUUAGCCCUAUUCCUGCAUGUGUUGAUGACGUACGGAAUCGUACAAGGAUAUUUUAUCUCGGUUACAACAGUUCAACAGUUCUUGUUAUAUGCCGUUUACUACACACUUCUUGGAGUAUUAUUUAUAAUUAUCUCAAUCAAAAAUAAUUGUUUAACUACAGCCGAUAGUCUAGUUGAAUGUAAGCAAUAAUUUAUUAAUUAAUUCAUGUUAACUAUUUUGUAUUAUUAUGAAAUAUAAAUAAUAUGUAAAUA